CUCCCUCUGUUGUUCUUCGGCAUCAAUCUGAUCGCUGCGGCCAUUUCUGUCUGGGAGAGCCGCCCCUCUGUCCGUGACUUCAGCCCCGGAGCUAACCCAGCGUUCAUUCACCUCCCGCCGCUUUCUCUCGCGUCUCUCUCGGCUGGCUCCGGUGCCAGCUUGAACCCGGUCGGGAUGGACCCAGCGAGCCGAUAUCAAGUGUUGCACAACGAGGACGACUCUUCAGAGGCGUCCGGCAGCGAGCAGCAGCCGUCCACAUCUGCCGCCGCCCAGGCCGCUGCCGCCCCUGCACCCGGCCAGGACCAGGCCCAGGACCAGAACCAGGCCCCAUCCACAGGGGAGCCGUCGAGGAUACAGGCAGAGGGGGAAGCCCCCCCGCCGCCGUACGCCUCCAUUGACUUGGGAGCGACCGCCGCAACACCUGAGACGAGCUUCAGAGGCGACUUCCCCGUCCCUCCGCCCUACAGCGUCGCCACCUCGCUGCCCACGUACGAUGAAGCGGAGAAGGCCAAGGCGGCCGCCAUGGCCGCCUCCACUGUGGAGGUGAUUCCACGGGACGACGAGUUCCCUCCCAGAGAUGACUUCAGUGACGCCGAUCAGCUCCGAGUUGGAAAUGACGGGAUCUUCAUGUUGGCGUUUUUUAUGGCCUUCCUGUUCAACUGGAUCGGGUUCUGCCUGUCCUUCUGUCUGACCAACACCAUCGCCGGACGUUACGGGGCCAUCUGUGGCUUCGGCCUUUCCCUCAUCAAGUGGAUUCUCAUCGUGCGGUUUUCGGACUACUUCACCGGCUACUUCAACGGCCAGUACUGGCUCUGGUGGAUCUUCCUGCUGCUGGGCCUUCUGCUCUUCUUCAGGGGAUUCGUCAACUAUCUUAAAGUUCGCAACAUGUCGGAGAACAUGGCCACCUCCCAUCGAACUCGCCUCUUCUUCCUCUACUAAAGGGCUCCGCAUCGCCAUUCCUUUCCAAUGUGAACGUCCUUCCCUCCUGACUCGAAUGACCUGAGCGAGGAGCCCUGCAGCGAAGAGAGGAGCCGGCGAAGGAACGAAGGAGAGAAGCCCAGCCGGAAGUGUUACCAGUCUCAUUACAAGAAUAACGCAAACCCAGAAAGCACAAUAAAUCCAGAUGAAGCCCAACGCCACUCACUAGUUUCUCCACUUCCUGCUCGAGUCUUAAUCUCCCCAUUUUAAAGCUUCACAUAUCAAAAACCGAACAUGAUCAAUCACCCUGAGUUCCACCACAGGAAGACGCUCCUUCAUUAGAGUCAAACUGAAACAUCGAUUCUCCACAAUUAGCCUCAAUCGAACAGGCUGAAAAACACAGAAGCUACAAUAAACUUCACGAAUCACAGAAAAAUCAAGGAAUCUGCGAAAGGAGCCGCCCUGUGAAUUAAAGUUUUUGUUUUUUGGAGCAGGAUUUCUUUAUGCACUUCCUGUUUGGGUGCUGUGUUGUUUCCAUUCAGUCUUAUGCAACCUGUACUGACCUGCGGUCAUGACUUAGAUGUAGUGGAGUAGAUCUGACUUCAGUGGCAAAGUGCCAAAUUAAAUCUGAAGAAAAUCGCAAUAAUACCACAGUUAUAUAUCUUUAAAAAAAAAAAAGAAGAAAAAAAUGAGGUUGUGCAUGUUUUGCAUGACGACACAACAACGUGCGCAACUUUUAGGACGAAGCAUCUUAAUUUCUACAAACGUGGAGCCAGACUGGACAAAGAAAAAAGCUUUUUAAAUUCUUCUUGUCAUCCAGAAAAUGAACUGUAUAUACCAGCUUAUGCCAAUUCAUUAUAUUUGCACUUUGAAGAACUUGUGUACAGUAUGAUUUAUGAGUAACUUGAUGUGUCGGGGGAGAAGACGUUACGUUAUCUAAGCCAUCCAAGGUUUGCUUUUUUUUUUUCCUUCUUCUUUUGUUUUCAACUGGAAUUCUUAAAUCAUCCCAAAUGGUAAAAUUGCCUUUUGCACUUUUCAUUUUUAGAAAUUAUUAUUGUGUCUUGUUUUUAAAUCGCUUCCAGCCUGAACAGUGACAGCUUGCCAAACUUUUUUUGUUUUUUUUUCUGGUCAUAUUCAUCUCCUCUUUCAGUAAUAUCACAGUUAGGUUUUCUUUUUUUUCUUUUUUCUUUUUUUUUGAUUAAUUCAAAGCUCUGCUGCAUGAUUUAGAGUCAUUCAUCUGUCUUUGUAAAUAGACAAGGAAGAAAAAGACUUAGAAGACAGCCAAAGUUAUUUUUGUCAUUUAUCGUAACUGGAAUUGAACUGACAGGUGAUGUCUUGC